CCAACAGCUGGAACAUCUGCUCGCAAAGUGUCCGGCAGGCUUUUGUGGCAGAUGCCGCUGUUCCCGGGGGGCUUCCUGGUAGUUGUAGUCCUCACGUCGGCACAAGCCAGCCUCGCUGCGCAGCAUCGGACUACAUUUCCCGGCGCGCCUUGCGAGGGCGGGGAGGCUGUUCGCUGAAGCGUUCUUCGCCGCUGAUGUCGCAGGGUUUGGGUCGGUCCGGCUCCCCUCUUCUCUCGUCAGAUAGACGCUUCUGUCCCUUAAAGGCGCAGCCCUUGGGAAGACUCCCAGUUUGGACGGGGCUGCAUGUGCAGGGACAUGUACAUUAACAGGCUGGGGAGCCGUCUCAACGCCAUAUUGCGAAAUUACUGAGCAGCGGCAGCAGCAGCAGCAGCAGGAGGAGAUUCUUCCAAGCGCUCCAUUCCCCUCCGACUCGUCCGCUGAGCUCCAUGGCUUCCAAACUUUUGCGAGCUGUCAUCCUCGGCCCCCCCGGGUCUGGCAAGGGCACGAUGUGUCAGAAGAUCGCCAAGAACUUCGGGCUGCAGCAUCUCUCCAGCGGCGACUUCUUGAGACAAAAUAUCCGAUCGAACAACGAAGUAGGAAUCUUGGCCAAGCAAUAUCUAGAACAGGGCCUGCUUGUUCCGGAUCAUCUCAUCACGCGCGUCAUGCUCACGGAGCUAGAAAAACGGAAGACCGAACACUGGCUGCUCGACGGUUUUCCGCGGACGUUAAUCCAGGCCGAAGCGGUUAAUAAAAUCUGCGAUAUUGACCUGGUGAUCAGUUUAAAUAUACCAUUCGAGACGCUGAAAGAUCGUCUGAACACGCGGUGGAUUCACCCGCCCAGCGGAAGAGUUUACAACCUUGAAUUCAACCCUCCCGUCGUCCACGGAAUCGAUGAUGUCACCGGAGAGCAGUUAGUCCAACAAAAAGAGGAUAAACCCGACGCCGUGGCGUCCCGACUGCGCCAGUACAAAGACGUCGCUAAACCCGUUAUAGAAUUAUAUAAGGGCCGAGGGGUGCUGCAUACCUUUUCGGGGACCGAAACGAACAAGAUCUGGCCGUAUAUCUAUACGCUAAUGAGCACGAAAAUCACGCCGGUGCACCCGGAGGACACGAGCCAGGCGUUCCGCGCGGAGGAGCAAUGAGCAGCGCGCUUAUUUAUCGCUCUGAGUGUAAGUGAGCAGCCCGCGCUCUAUCGGCCGUAUAACGCGCCUGCCCUCGGAAGCUUUAAGCACUUAUGUGAUACGGUUCUUCUCUCCGCUCGGUGUCUCGCAAACCAACGGACUCUGGUUAUACCGCGUGAUUUCCCUUUACGUUUUCCUUGGAUUUUAUCUAGAAACAUAUCCAUUUUUUUGGAGGGGGAGGGGUUUACCACACCCCUCCCCCGCCUUGUGAUCUUUUAAAGCCGGUUUGUUUGUUUGUUUGUGAAAAUGUAUCUUUUUUGUUUUGUUUUGUUUUCUAAACAUAAAGAAUAUUCUGUAACUUUACAACCCAAAGAAUAUCCAGAGAAUGCUGUGAAGAUAUACUAUGUAUCGAUAUCUGUUCCUAUAUAUAUACAUUUUAUAUAUAUUAGUUUUUUUUAAGGGUCCGGGCGCAAGCUUUAAAUAUAUCGCUAGUCAAAUAUUCUAUAAAUUCUUUUUUUUUGGGUCAUUUAAUACAAUCAGGAUCAUUGGAA